AAAUAAGAUUCAACUAUGAAUACCGGUCUAUGGAGUAAAGUUCACAUAUUAUCAAUAACUUAUCUUCAGAAACUUCAGAAAAUUAAGAUGAAGCUCUUUGUUAUUGUGAUCUUACUGUUUUAUGGAACAAUAAAUUGUUUAUUUGUGAAGGUAAUUGGCAAACAAAGUGCUGAUACUUCAAAUAACACUUUUCCUGUCGUAGUGAUUACAUGGGAUUAUAAAGAAGCUACAGAAAAAGCAUGGGAUGUGAUUCAUAAUCAAAAGAGAAGUGCUCUGGAUGCAAUAGAAGAAGGCUGUUCUCUGUGUGAAGAACAACAAUGCAGGAAGACUGUAGGUUUUGGUGGUAGUCCAGAUGAGACUGGAGAAACUACAUUGGAUGCUUUAAUUAUGGAUGGACUGGCAAUGAAUGUGGGUGGAGUAGGAGGCUUAAGGAACGUGAAGAGUGCUAUUUCAGUAGCACGCAAAGUGCUGGAAAAUACCAAGCAUUCUUUGUUAGGUGGGAGUUUGGCUACAGACUUUGCCCUGAAGAUGGGAUUUAAGGAAGAAUCUUUAGAGACAAAUGAAUCCAGAGACAUGUGGAUGCAAUGGAAAACCAAGAAUUGUCAACCCAAUUUCUGGAAGAACGUAUUACCAGAUCCUACUACCAGCUGCGGACCAUAUCGUCCAAACAACGAGAAAAACAGCGAUUACGAUGAGUACUCGUUAAUCGGAAGCGAGGAAAAUCAUGAUACGAUUGCUAUACUGGCGAUAGAUUCAGAGGGAUAUACGGCAGCGGGUGCUUCGACGAACGGCGCCAAAAACAAGAUACCCGGCCGUAUCGGGGAUUCUCCUAUCGCGGGAGCUGGUGCAUACGCCGAUCAAGAUGUUGGCGCGGCAGCUGGCACUGGUGACGGGGACGUUAUGAUGCGAUUUUUACCGAGUUUCUUGGCCGUAGAAGCGAUGCGUUAUGGUGCUACGCCGACUGUAGCCGCUCGAGCGGCGAUUAACAGAAUCGCCCAACAUUAUCCUGCCUUCUUCGGUGGGGUAAUUGCGUUGAACAAGAACGGGGAAUACGGCGCAGCGUGUAACGGAAUGGCUCUGUUUCCAUAUUACAUCGCAAAUCCAACUUCGGGACCGAAAUUGCUCUCAGUGGAAUGUAGCAAUUACUCACGACAGAAAUAACAUAAGUUACGGUGACAAUUGAUAAAACAAAAUAAAAUGUAAAUAAAAGUUACAAAGCAUGUUUUGUAAAUAAAUGCAAGAUAAACAACAAUGAUA